AUGCCUCCUGCACUAUGGAUGAAGCUUUGGAAAGCUGAUGCAGUUCCCCAGUGUUGUGAAACGGCAUGGCGGGCUUGUCUUGACAUCCUCCCUGUGCGUUCCAUUCUUCAUCGUCGUGGAGUGGUGGGCAACCCUUGCUGCCCUCGUUGUUCAGAGGUUGAAGAAACAGUUCACCAUGCACUUUUUUCCUGCCCUCUCGUCCGAAUGAUUUGGUUUGCAUCCCCUUUGAAUUUGCGGUUUGAUGAGGAAGGUUCUGUGCAUGAUUUCUUUCUCAGUUUUCUUGCAACUGCUGAUACAAAUAUUGCAGGGAUUUUUCUAGCUGUUUUGUAUAGUGUGUGGCAAGCAAGAAACGAGCUCCUCUUCAAAUGGAAGGACUCCUCCAUUGACCAGUUAUUGCAGCGUGCUUCCUCCCUCCGACCUUCGCGGGUGCUGCUUGAUGAUGGCCCGCGAGCUGUGCAAGUUCUACCUUCUUCGUGGUCAAGGCCGUUGUCGGGUGUGUGCAAGAUGAAUAUUGAUGCUUCAGUCACGAGCUCUAAGGAAGCAGGUGCGGGUAUGGUUAUGCGGAACAACCAUGGCGAGGUGCUUGCGGCUGCUACUACGGAGCUGGGUCCAGUCCUUUCUCCGGUGCUAGCCGAGGCGCUAGGCAUGCGAUGGGCUCUUCGUUUGGCAACGAAGCUUGGUUUCCGGCGAAUUUGGAUCGAGACUGAUUGUUUGGAGCUGUACACCUUCUGGAAUCGCCAAGGGGGCGAGUUUUCGCAUUUGGCUACUGUUGUUUUUGAUUGCCGUUCUUUACUUCCUAAUUUUGAUGUCUUUAAUUUUACUUUUGUGCGUCGAACUAGCAAUGGUGCUGCGGACGCUUUAGCACGUUUAGCUUUCCAUUAUGGCUGUAUGAUUUGGAUUGAAGAGGCUCCUUCUGAGAUUACCUCUAUCACCCAGGAUGAUGUUUUAGCCUCUAUGGCUCCUUCUUGA